AGAUACCGAGGGAAAGCGAAAGGGGGUGUGAAAAAAUUCGGAAAAAGAUGAUGGAAAGAUGGAACGUGACCGGGGGCUCGCGAUGAGGAGAAAGAAAAAUGGGAAGAGAGAAAAAUUGGAGAGAAACGCGAAAAUAUAUUUGCGCGCGUGCGUGAGCGGACUCGAACGGGGGAGAGAUUGAAGGGAGAGAGAGAGAGAGAGAGAAUAAAGGGGAGCGCACAUCCCCGCGAGAGGGAAAGAGACGGAGCGACGAGGAACACCGAGGGGUGGGACGAGGCGUGAGAUGGCCGAGGAAGGGGGCGAAAGACAGACCGGAAUUUCAGACGUCUACGGACCAGCCUGCGAGCCUCGUUCCCUCCCUUUAAGUUUCGCACGUUUUUUUCUCUCUCACAUCACACAUCUCAUUUCCCCCCGUUAGUUAGACCAUCUUCUCCGCGAAGAGGAGCUCGAUAGAAGACGCAAAACGAGAGGAUGACCGUUCCGAGAGGAUCAGGAUCGAGCGAUGCCGACGACGACGAGAAGAGAUACAUCCUGGAGAUGAUGAAGAAGAACGUCGGCGGAGAGGUUGUCAGCGUCGGAUGGGAAGAAUCCUACGACGACAUGCAACAACUAGUCGGGGAGGAUGAGGAGGAAGAGGAGACCGGCAAAUUCAGCAGCCUGCCGCUCGCGAGUUUCAACUUCAUUAACUCCAUCAUCGGCAGCGGUGUUAUAGGAAUACCGUACGCGUUGCACCAAGCUGGCUUCGGCCUCGGCAUCGCCCUAUUGAUCCUGGUGGCUACGUUAACCGACUACUCGUUGAUUCUCAUGGUGCGAAGCGGUCACAUAUGCGGCGAGAUGAGCUAUCAGGGCCUGAUGCGAGCGAGUUUCGGCCGAGCCGGAUUCUACAUCCUCACGGUUUUGCAGUUCUUCUAUCCGUUCAUAGCGAUGGUAUCGUACAACGUGGUCGUGGGCGACACGGUCACGAAGGUCCUGAUAAGAGUCACGGGAAUGCACGAGACAAAUAUAUUCGCGCACCGGCAGGUUGUCAUCCUUCUGGCCACCCUAGGCAUCACCAUUCCGCUUUGUUUGUACAGAAAUGUCGCGCGAUUAGCGAAGAUCUCAUUUCUCUCACUGGUCUGCGUCGGAUUUAUUCUCCUCGCAAUCUUCAUACGAAUGGACACCAUGUCCGCUCUGGUUCCGGAUCGCACCGACAGUUGGAGAUUCGCCAAUUUUCCGGGAGUAGUUCCGUCCGUCGGUAUCAUGGCGUUCGCCUUCAUGUGUCACCACAACACCUUUCUGAUUUACGGCUCGAUCGAGAGAGCGACGCAACAGAAAUGGGACGUUGUUACGCACUGGUCUCUAUUCACGUCCUUCAUCAUCGCCGCGGCCUUUGGAAUCGCCGGCUACGCCACAUUCACGUCAUACGUUCAGGGCGAUCUCAUGGAGAAUUACUGCUGGGACGACGAUCUCAUGAACUUCGCCAGAGUCAUGUUCAGCGGCACGAUCCUUCUCACCUUUCCGAUCGAAUGCUUCGUCACGCGUGAGGUGCUUAUGACGGCGAUCAAAGGCACACACGAGUUAGAAUCGCACGAGGCUUACGUGCCUAACUCGGACCGCAAGUACCUGAUAAUUACUCUGACGAUAGUGUUCGUAGCGUAUUUGAUUUCCAUGCUGACGGACUGUCUGGGGAUCGUUCUCGAGUUAAACGGUAUUCUUGCCGCGGUACCGCUCGCCUACGUUCUGCCCGGUCUCUGCUACCUCAAACUCGAGGAGGGACCCAUUUUCUCGUCCAAGAAGCUUCCGGCCCUCGGUCUGAUGACCAGCGGCAUUCUGGCCGCAAUCUCGGGCCUGUUGCUGCUCAUACUCAACAGCAGCUCAUCCGGCACCUGCUUCCACGGCAAAGUUAUGCCGUACUGCGUCAACAACUCGACGACGACGUCGUCGUCGUCGCUGCUAAUCGACGCGACCGCGACGUCCGCCGAGGACCUACUAAUCACCAGCACGGAGUCCGAAAUCUAAGCUCUUUCUAACAAGCAGCACGGUAAAUCUUUAGUUUUACAAUCGAGUAAAAGUUUGCCGAACAAAAACAUGAAAGUACGAGAGUUGCGCUUGAUAGAGAGAAACAGGAAUAAAUAAUUUAUAUAAUGUAUAUAAACGUGCAAAAUCGAUAAAAAUUCAUUCGCUCGAAAACAGAUCGAACAACAUAUUAAUAUGUAUGUGUACGCGUGUAACAAAACAAAAACCAAAUCCGAAACCUGACAUUGAAACUUAUAUAACUCGUUGUUUGAUGCAACGUCUCAAUAAGAAAUUCAAGAACAUCUUCAAAAGAGAAACAAACGGGAGAUUGAAAAAGUUUCUAUAAAAAAUUAUAUCCAAACAUGAAACAAAUCUUUUUU